AUGAACGAUGGAAGAAGCUGUUCAGGGGAAACUCGAAGAGAAACAGGAGCUGGAAACCGAAAAGGAACACAGCACUGGAAGGGACGACAGUGGAGGCCACGCAUGAAGAUCUCCUGCCGGAGCUGUCGCAGCAGACCUCAGAAAGGAAGUGAGGAAGAUCAAGGCGGCAGGCGCAAUCGAGCAAGAAAAUGGAGAAGGGGGCGGAGAAGAGUUCGCGCCGCAGCCGCGCUCCGAACUGCACCCUCGUUGAAGGCGAGGAUGAAGACGCUUCUGCGGAUGAGGCGGGACAAAGAACAAAUGGAACGCACACGUGUCGCGUUCCUGCGUUGCAAACUCUUCAAAGCACGAUCCUGGACGCGAUCGCCAGUCGGUGACGCGGAGCCUUCGUCGCUGCAACCCUUUAUCGAGCUCUCACGGCUUCCGCUUUCUCGCACGAAGGCUACCGAGGCUGACGAGCCCCGAAGAGAGACUGAGCUAGCAGGUCUUCGAAACCUAAAAAGGUCCCAGCUGGCCCAUGUAUCUUUACGAGCACUUUAG